AUGGCUGACUCUUCUGACAUGGCUCAGACAAAUCUGCCUGUCACUGCAUCCACGCAAUCGCAGACGACUGCUACGGGCGAUCAUCCCACUUCACAAGUGACUCAGUCCUUGCCAAUCCGCGAAGCCAAGAGCACGAAGACCCCCACCUCCGCGGACAACGCAAACGCAAAGAAAAAUGUCGCACCAACGCCCUCUACGUCGACUACUGAUGGCUCGACCGUUGCAGGAGGUGAGAAACCGCUUACACCAGCGGAGCUGAAAAAGAAGGCCAAGGCAGAGAAAGCGGCUCGACGCGCAAAGGAAAAGCUUGCCAAAGAGGGCGGGGCUGGUGCUGCUGGCAGCCCAGCUUCUGGAGCGCCCCAGGGUCGCCCUCCUGUGACGCCGAAGAAAGACGCAUCGGGGGAAGUAUGGCCCGUGAAAAAGGAGGAUAAAAGUGUUGCGGUCUUUGGCCAUCUCUAUGGUCAGCCGCGACGGACGACCAUCGCCGGUGCCGGCAAGGAAGUGCAUCCUGCAGUUCUGGCGCUUGGUCUGCAGCUACGUGACUACGUUGUCUGCGGUAGCAGCGCUCGCUGUGUGGCUACGUUGCUAGCCUUCAAGAGGGUCAUCGAAUCGUAUACGACUCCACUUGGUACCUCACUCUCGCGCCACUUGACGACUCAUCUCUCACACCAGAUCACAUACCUCUCGACAUGUCGACCUCUCUCGAUCACACAGGGUAAUGCUAUUCGCGCCUUGAAACUCGCGAUUUCGUCCAUUGACCCGUCCACCCCCGAGCUCAGCGCGAAGGCUACCCUUUGUGAAUUCAUCGACAACUUUAUCCGUGAGAAGAUCACAGUGGCCGAUCAAGUCAUCGCCGCGAGCGCUGCGCAAAAAGUGCAAGAUGGAGAUGUCAUCGUCACGUUUGCUGGCAGCUCUAUCGUCAAGCAGACCCUUCUUUCAGCACACAAGCAAGAGAAAAGGUUCCGCGUGUCGAUCAUCGACUCGCGACCUCUCUUUGAGGGGAAGAACAUGGCUCGCGCCCUGGCCAAUGCAGGUUUGGAUGUCGAAUACUCGCUCGUCCAUGGCAUUAGUCAUGCCAUCAAAGACGCCACCAAGGUCUUCCUUGGUGCUCACGCCAUGACCAGCAAUGGCCGUCUCUACUCUCGUGUGGGAACGGCGCUUGUGGCCAUGUCCGCCAAGGAACGUGCCGGGGGCGUGGAGGUGCCUGUCAUCGUGUGCUGCGAGACUGUCAAGUUCACUGACCGUGUUGCCCUGGACAGUAUUGUUGUCAAUGAGAUUGCUGAUGCUGAUGAGCUGGUCUCCGCUCAGUCUGCACAGCAACUCACUGGUGUCACUGAUCCUGUGGCUCCCUCCAAACCCGACAACAAGAAAGGCGGCAAAGGUGCAUCCAAUGCGGCAAAGCCUGCCACGUUGGCUUCUGACCUUGAAACUUCCUCCUCACCCCUGAGCAAUUGGAAAGAUAAUUCCAAUCUCCAAUUGCUCAAUAUCAUGUACGACGUCACGCCCGCCGAGUACGUUGACAUGGUGGUUACGGAAAUGGGAAGCUUGCCACCAAGUGCCGUUCCCAUUGUUCACCGAAUGACCGAGUGA